AUGGUCGUCAAGAACACCCAAGCUGUCGCAAAGGCCACCGCGCCUCGUCUGCCACCNCUCCACAAGCUGCGCGUCCGCAAGCCCGACCAGGCUGGCGCAAACCCUUGCAUCGGUGUCAUGUCUUCUGUCCUCGGUAUGUUUGGCCGCAAACCUCUUGCGCCUCGCUGUGCUUGCACUGACAUGGUCAACNNAGGAUGCUGGGCAUCGUCUGGAUACACCGCACAAGGAUGUGCUGCCCUUGAACAACAACUUCGCGCAUGCAUGGACGCUNNCCCGUAUAAAGCUGGCCAAACCAAGAAGAGUUCGAUCAACUACCAUCUCUCGAGAUUAUACCCCCAAAUCAUCGGCCCACACAAGCGGAACUAG